AUGACAGCCGAAGUAGCAAUGCAAACUGUGGAGGUGCAGACUGGUGUUGAUGGAACUUUGGGGGUAUACGCUAAAGUGGCAGUUGUCUUCACUCUAAUUGGCACAUUUGCUGCUGUAUUUUAUGCAGGUUCUCGAAUUGGAAAAGGGGAAUGA